AGAACGCAGUAAAUGCACAUUUCCUCUCAUUUCAGUUACUUUUUGAGUACUGAGGAUAUUCCCAGGAGAAGAAACCUUUACAGCGUAGAAACAUCAGGGACUCUAAAUCGGACUUGUGUGAGCUGUGAACUCAUUCCUGACUGUCAUUUUGUGGAUGUAGAAUUCAGCCCUGGAUCCAGCUACUUCCUCCUCUACUGCAAAGGCCCAGGAGUCCCUCUGGUCUCAGUACACCAGACCCAAAAUCCUCAAGAUUUCAUAAUCCUGGAGGAAAAUAAGAUACUGAAGGCUUUCCUUAGCAAAAAUUAUGUGCCACAAACUAUGUAUAAAAAGAUUCAUAUUGAUGGAUACGACCUCCCACUGCGCCUGACCCUUCCCUCCAACUAUGAGAACUUAGAGCUCCCUUUGGUUCUGUGGCUACCAGAGGUUCCAGGAUAUCAACAGGUAACAGAAGAAUUCUCUCUUGGAUGGGAAUCUGCACUUGUAAGCUCCUUCCAGAUUAUUCUAGCGCAUGUUGAUGGCAAAGGAUCAAGGAACCAGGGGCUGCAUUUGCUCCAUGAAAUAGAUCACAGACUGGGCUCAAUUGAAAUUAAAAACUACAUUCCUAUUGUGCAGCACCUAAAACAACUUCCAUUUGUGGAUAAAAACCGCAUUGGAGUGUUUGGUAAGGCAUACGGUGGAUUUUUGGCCCUGAAACUGCUGUCUCUACCUGAGCAGUUGUUUGCAUGUGGUGUGGCUGUCUCUCCUAUCACCAGCUUCCACCUGCAUUCUGCAGUGGUUUCAGAGCGGUACCUGGGACUGCCAUCCCAAGAAGCUUCUGCCUAUACGAUGGCCUCUGUACUGAAUGAUGUUCAGAGGCUACAAGAACAGCACUUUCUCCUGGUCCAUGGCACAGCAGAUGGUGAGAUUUCCGUCCAUGAACUGCACAGCUGCAUGUAGGACAACCUCAUCUGAAGGUUAUUAUAACAACCCAAUGCAUAUGCUUAGGUUCCAAAAGUUGGUCUUCAAGCUUCACUGGCAAUGCAGGAUUUAAGGAUGUACUCUUAUUAACACUGCUGUUUGAUGUUAAAUAGUCCGAUUGGCUGAUCCAAAGAUACAGAGAAUCCUUAAAACCUGUUGAGGCUAGAGGUUGAUUUGGAUUUUGGAAUAACAUGGAACUGCAUAGUGUAAAGUAAAAUUAAUUUGAUUGUUGGCAUGAUAUAACAAGGUUUGUUUUUAAUCAGAGAAUGUGUUUAUCUGUGGUUCUG